CCGCGGCAGCUCCGCCGAUCCCGGAGGAAGCAGAAGCGGAGCGAGGGGCGGCCGUCGGGGCCGCUGCCCGCUUCCCCGCCGCAGGGGUGUGCGGGGCGGCGGCGGGCAUCGCCGCGGGUGCGCGGAGCGCGGAGCGGAGCUCGGCGCCGCCUCCAUGUUCCAGCUGCCCAUCCUCAAUUUCAGCCCGCAGCAGGUGGCCGGGGUAUGCGAGACCCUGGAGGAGAGCGGGGACAUCGAGCGCCUGGGGCGCUUCCUGUGGUCCCUGCCCGUGGCCCCGGCGGCCUGCGAGGCCCUCAACAAGAACGAGUCGGUGCUGAGAGCCCGGGCCAUCGUGGCCUUUCACACAGGGAACUACCGGGAGCUGUACCACAUCUUGGAGAACCACAAGUUCACCAAGGAGUCCCACGCCAAACUGCAAGCCCUCUGGCUGGAAGCGCAUUACCAGGAAGCGGAGAAGCUGCGGGGCCGACCCCUGGGGCCGGUGGACAAGUACCGCGUUAGGAAGAAGUUUCCGCUGCCCCGCACCAUCUGGGACGGCGAGCAGAAGACACAUUGCUUCAAGGAGCGGACGAGGCAUUUGCUGAGGGAGUGGUACCUGCAGGACCCUUACCCAAACCCCAGCAAAAAGCGGGAACUGGCUCAGGCCACGGGACUUACCCCCACGCAGGUGGGCAACUGGUUCAAAAACCGCAGGCAAAGGGACAGGGCAGCUGCCGCCAAGAACAGGCUACAGCAGCAGGUCCUAACGCAGGGCUCCAUGCGGUCGCUGCAAGCAGAGGAGGAGAGCGGCGGGGAGGUGGGGGGAGCCGCCUCCAGCCCCGCAGCCAGCCUCUCCAGCAAAGCGGCCACCUCCGCCAUCUCCAUCACAUCCAGCGACAGUGAAUGUGACAUCUGACACCACCGCCAUGACAAACUGGGGGGAGCGGGAGGUCCAGAUAACCGGUGCCUGCCUGCCUGCCUGCCCACACGGCCGGAACAGUGGGGUUUAUAAUCGUCCGACCGCGGUCCCCACACCCGAGGUAUGGGGAGCUCCCCAGCCGCACGCCUCUCGCCCGUACCUCCCUCCCAGGCCUGCAGCAGACUGCAUUAAAAAACGUGAUAAAAAUCGUUGUCGCCUUUAUUUCGAGAGAUCUGCAGAAUUGAUGUCUUAAAAAAAAAAAAAAAAAGGAAAAGAAAAGAAAGAAAGAAAGAAAGAAAUUCCACAAAACGUAAAAAUAUAGAUACCCGAUCCCCCCAAAUGCUAAGUUGCAAAAUAUCUGAGCGCCUGCCCUUACCCCGCGGGGGUGUUUAAUGUUGAAAAGACGCUGUUCUUUUGGUUGGGUUUUGCUUUACUUUAAAGUUUGGGGUUUGGGAUUUUUUUUUUUAAAUAUAAAUAUAUAUAUAUAUAUAAUGUUUAUUUACUUAUUUAAGGGAUUGCUAUGGUAGAUUUUUUUUUCUAUGAUUAUUAUUAAUUAUUAUUAUUUUUUGGCUUGUUCUCUAUGUGCACAGGUGACUUGUAGAGCAUGUGCAGGACGAAACUGUAUGAAGCAGCCUAAACCCAUAAUAAAAUAUU